GAAUUCGAUCACGUAUGGAGGCAGGAUUCAGUCGUCUGAACGAUUUAACCAUUCUGAUGUUAACGAAUGGUUUUGCGUUACAUCUCAAAGAGGUAUACAAACGUGAAAGUAACGGUGUUGCGAUCGGUUACGAUGGUCGUCAUAACAGUCGCAGAUGGGCUGAACUAGCAGCAAACGUGUUUGUGCACAAUGGCAUUAAGGUUUACCUGUUCUCAGAAGUAUGCCCGACACCAGUUACGUCAUAUGCAACAAUAAAACUGAAGUGCGAUGCUGGUCUGAUGAUCACGGCAUCACACAAUCCAAAGUAUGACAACGGUUACAAAGCGUAUUGGACCAAUGGAGCACAGAUCUUGGCACCUCACGAUGACGAAAUCUGUCGUAUUGCUUAUGCAAAUAUGGAACCGAAACCUGAAUUUUGGGAUUUGACGAAAUUGAAAUCAAAUCCUCUCUUCUUCUCGGCAGAUACCGUUAUUGAUGACUACUUCAAAGAUGCACAAAAGCUUUGUCAUUACAAAUCCAUCAACGAGAAAUGUCCUAUCAAAUAC